UUCCCCAGUUGGUUUGUAUUCUCUACACUAAUUGGCAGCUGAAAGUACGAAGGUAGGGUGCUCCGCCAGCUCCAACAAGUUUCGAAAAUUAGGGUUUUCAGCAGACUCACUCUUCUGAUCGAACGCAUCACUUCUACCUGCGCAUCACAGUCGUCGUCUUCCAUGAUUUCACAAUUAGGGUUUGCAGAAAAGGGCAGGAGGAAGAGGAUUUGAGAGGCUUCUAGGCCUUGGCUCCGAUCGCCAUUGCUGGCUGAAAGAGGACUUCGUCUCGGAUGAAGCUAUAAAGGGGCGAUUAUAUGAAUCAUUAGUUUGGGGGAAUAUGCGUUCAUCUAUAACUAGUUCGAAAUAUACGUAUUUACAUGACUGUAAGUGGCCUUGUGAAGCAGUUGACGUGCACCACAUCAUUGUAAAAAAGAGUGGUGCAAAGGGUUUCUUCAGAUACUUCUUUUCUCUGGUUAUUCUAGCUACCGCCUUCUAUCUUUUCUUGGUUAAGGAGAAAUCAGUUGUCAUUGUUUUAUGGAGUCUCCUUUUAAAUGCAUUCCUUGUAAAGUUGCUUCAGAAGAGUGUUGAGAAAGAGUCCGUAGUGAUUAUGCCAGCCUUUGGAGUUCAACUAGAAACUCACUAUGUGAGUGGAAAGGUUAUUCGCCGGUUUGUUCCUAUGGACAAGAUUUUGAAGCCUGUGCUACUAGAAUGUGUGACUCCAGUUACAUGUUACUGGAGCCUGUCUUUCAUUGUGCACGGGGAAGCAGAAUUGGUGUUAGUGUUUAAGGACUUGCGUCCGCCUAUGAAAAUGUUGGUGCCCAUCUGGAAGGCCUUGUGCGCUGCCACUGGUACUAAAGGAAGCUCAAACACAUGUACGGAAGAUGAUUGAUGGAGAUGAUUAAUUCAAUUGUGCAUUAGAAACCUCCAUUGCUCAAGUAACGCAGAAUAAAAUUUGCAGAGCUAAUGCAUCCUCUUUGAUCACUUAGUUGUUUAGAGUUCGCAUUGAUAUGACUCGGAGGAUGAACGGAGAAAAUUUUGAUUCGAACAAGAUUCAAAGGGAUUCAUGUUGCAACCAGUUACACAAAUCACAUUGUACAAUCUGCUGAUUUGAUUAAUUGUAGCCAAAAUCAAUGUAAAUUCAAAUUUGUCCUCGUUCUUUAUUCGAGUUUACACUUCUGCUUC